AUCUAGACUGGCUGAUUUCCACAUGAACUGCAUGGUGACUCAGCACACAGUCAGCAGCUGCCCAAAUGAGGACAACUACCAGGCAUGUCUGGCCUCCUACGCUGGCCUCAUUGGUGAGUGCAGGGGAUUUUGGGCUACCUACCCUGGUAAAACUUGACUUAAAGCCUGCAAGUAUAAUGCUUUAUUAGUUGUUAUACUGUAUGUAUAAGCUUUUAUAAUGGCUUAUUUUAAGGCUUAUAUAAUGUAAUAUCUCAUUAUGACAGGACACUUUUUAUUACUGGCUCAAUAUGGCUGUUAUUUUGUCAGGAUCAUUGGAGAUGAUAAGACAUUUUAGGGUGUUAAUACAUGCUUAUGACAAGUCUUAUAAUUCAUUAUAAUGCACUAUACCUGCAGACUUUAGGUUAAGUGAUACCCAUACCCCUCCUCUAUUUCUUCCCCCAAACACAUUUUACAUCAGUGGCUGAGUGGAGGUGAUGAUGGGAGAGAGAGAGUGUUCACUUCGUUAAAACAUUUAAUUAUCUGUUUACUUGUAUAGUAAAUGUUCUUCAAAUAGAAAAAGGAAAAUUUGCGCCGCAAAGAUAUCCUUCCAUACCAGUAGACAUUUGAAAGCACCUUAGUAAUGUGUUGGCACUAUUCAGUACAAUGAAGGCGGUAGACAAAAUUAGUUAUUUUUGACUACUUUUAUUGAACUUAAAAUACUCUUUAGGGAUGGCAUAGCUUUCCCACUACCACCUGUCUGUAAUUGAAUUGUUGAUAGUUACAAUAAAUGUGUCAGACAUAUCUCUAGUGUAAACUUACUCUUGUUAGUUGUUCUGGACUACACAGUAUGAUGUGUUUUCCACAAAUAAAGCACUCCUCUCCUGAAAGCAUCAACAGAACAUCUGUUUUUGGUAAUAUCUUUCUAAACUAAUAUGACUAGCUAGCAUACUACUGUUAGUUGCCCCCCCCCCCCAGCUCCAUGGUACAAUGUAGGCCCUGUCACCAUUAGCAACAUACUGUAAGCCUGUGUAGGUAGGUAUACUGUUUAUAGUAAAUGUAGUCCAUUAUUAUCCAUUAGUGACCUGUGAAUGAUCUGUAACUGUAGCUUUAUUCUCACAUCUAUAGGGACAGAUAUGACUCCAAAUUACGUGGACGGCAGCUACACCAACUGGACUGUCUCCCCAUGGUGCACCUGUAAAGGAAGUGGGAACCAGGAAGAGGAGUGUGAGAGCUUUCUGAGGGACUUCACAGAGAACACCUGCUUGAGUGAGUCCAGCUUGCCUUUAAAAUCUAUUUUGUAACACAUACAAGACUACUUCAGAUAUGAUUUUAAAGGCACCACCAUUCGAAUCUGUAGUGUGUUUCCCUCUAAACUGAAAGUGAACUGGCACAUCUAACAUAUUUGAGGUUUUUUUAGGUACAUUUGGGGUCUGUAUAUAUAUACAGUGCAUUCGAAAAAUAUUCAGACCCCUUCCCUUUUUCCACAUUUUGUUACGUUACAGCCUUAUUCUAAAAUGGAUUAAAUAAAAAGGGUUCCUCAUCAAUCAACACACAAUUCCCAUAAUACAUUUUGGCAAAUGUAUCAAAAAACUAAAACAGAAAUACCUUAUUUACAUAAGUAUUCAGACCCUUUGCUAUGAGACUCAAAAUUGAGCUCAGGUACAUCCUGUUUCCAUUGAUCAUCCUUGAGAUGCUUCUACAACUUGAUUGGACAUCAUUUGGAAAAGCACACACCUGUCUAUAUAAGGUCCCACAGUUGAAAGUGCAUUUUAGAGCAAAAACCAAGCCAUGAGGUCGAAGGAAUUGUCCGUAGAGCUCCGAGACAGGAUCGUGUCAAGGCACAGAUCUGGGGAAGGAUACCAAAACAUUUCUUCAGCAUUAAAGAUCCCCAAGAACACAGUGGCCUCCAUCAUUCUUAAAUGGAAGAAUUUGGAACCACCAAGACUCUUCCUAGAGCUGGCCGCCCAGCCAAACUGAGCAAUCAGGGGAGAAGGGCCUUGGUCAGGGAGGUGACCAAGAACCCAAUGGUGACUCUGAAAGAGCUCCAGAGUUCCUCUGUGGAGAUGGGAGAACCUUCCAGAAGGACAACCAUCUCUGCAGCACUCCACCAAUCAGGCCUUUGUGGUAGAGUGACCAGAUGGAAGCCACUCCUCAGUAAAAGGCACAUGACAGCCCUCUUGGUGUUUGCCAAAAGGCACUUAAAGGACUCUCAUACCAUGAGAAACAAGAUUUUCUGGUCUGAUGAAAUCAAGAUUGAACUAUUUGGCCUGAAUGCCAAGCCUCACGUCUGGAGGAAACCUGGCACCAUCCCUAUGGUGAAUCAUGGAGGUGGCAGCAUCAUGCAGUGGGGAUGUUUUUCAGCGGCAGGGACUGGGAGACUAGUCAGGAUCGAGGGAAAGAUGAACGGAGCAAAGUAGAGAGAGCUCCUCGAUGAAAACCUGCUCCAGAGCGCUCAGAACCUCAGACUGGGGCGAAGGUUCACCUUCCUACAGGACAACGACCCUAAGCACACAGCCAAGACAACGCAGGAGUGGCUUCGGGACAAGUCUCUGAAUGUCCUUGAUUGGCCCAGCCAGAGCCUGGACUUGAAACCGAUCGAACAUGUCUGGAGAGACCUGAAAAUACCUGACAGAGCUUGAGAGGAAUUGUUUUUGAUUUUUCAUUAUGGGGUAUUGUGUAGAUUGAUGAGGGGAAAAAACAAUUUUAUUAAUUUUUUAAUAAGGCUACAACGUAACAAAAUGUGGAGAAAGUCAAGAGGUCUGAAUACUUUCCGAAUGCACUGUGUGUAUGUAUAUAUAUAUACAGUAUAUAUAUAUAUAAAAAAUUUUUUAAAGCAGAUGUUUCUCGGCACUGUGAGUUGUGGGGUAUAUGGGUAAUAUUGACUGGCUGGUCUUGUAACAGUUAUUUCAUUCACAAUAUUAGAUGACUGUUCCUUUCUUUUCAUAGCUCAUUGCUAGAAUCAACCUCUAUAAUCCUAUUUGACCACUGAUUGUGUUUGGUUUGAAAUGACAAGAUUAGGGUUGCAGAAAUCCUGGUUGGAGGAUUCCGGAUUUCCCACUUAUUCCCUCCUGAUUCCGGAAAUCCUCCAACCAGGAUUUCGGGAAAAUCUGGGAAUUUAUUGAAAGUUCCCAGAAUUUUGCAACCCUAGACAAGAUACAUUGUGAUCCAUUUCUUAUCAACUCAUUACACCUCAAUACCCCAACAUUGUUCAGAUUAUGGGAUAAAGCAAUUAUUUGCAUGUCAUUUCCAGAUUUAACCUUAAAUAUUAGUGUUUUUCUUUUUUCUCAUAGACUGAUAAUCUAAUGAAAAUAACAUUGACAUGGGAAUGUGAAAGGAUAGAGAAAUCAUCCUAAUGGCACCAUUUAGUAGUCAAAUAUCAAGGCUACCGCCACACCAUUGUGAUGUACCAUGCAAUAUCAUCAGAAGUACACAAUACCAGUGCAUUUAUCCAUUGCGUGGAUAAUGCUUUCAGACUAUUUCAAUAGAUUGCAAUGGUGCACCAUUAGCUGAGUCUGCAAGAUGAGGGAUGAGGCUUGUAGCUGAGGAGGCGUCUUGGAAAAUAAUACAAAAUGCAGCAUCUCCUCUUUGCAGUCAAUGGGAACUGGAUAAGAUAAACUGAAAUGUAUGGAGCUUUGCUCUUAUACGCUAAGUGGGGGGACAUAAAUCCACAGAGAUGGUACAUGUUAUGUAAAAUUAGAUAACAGGCUAAUUGUAUUCAGCCUCGUCCCUGCAGGUAACAGCAAUAGGGUUAAAAAACGUAUCUGAAGUCAUUAAAAAAUUGAAUUGCUGUCGGCAAUGAGCUUAAUCACUCGGUAGAACAUUUGGAUGCAGUAAAGCAUCCGCUGAAGGAGCCCUCUAGCCAACUUUGGUGAUUUAUUAGUUUAUUCCCCUAGCACUUCUCUGGAUGAUCUUUCCACCCCAGCAAAGAGAUGCAUAAAAACAAGACUAUUGUCUUAACUUGGCCAGCAUAUUAAGAUACUUUACAAUACCUUUAGAAAUCACAAGCAUUAUGAUCUUCAUGGCUUUGUCAUUCGUCCUAGAUUUGUUACCAACCCAAGGCUGAGAUAUCCAAGUACCCCAUGGAAUGUCUUCACAUAAGAAAUCUGAAGUCAAUUAUGUCUUUACUAUGCUAUGUGUGUGUACAGGAUGCGUGCAUGUGUGUGGGGGUGGGUGUGCUCGCGGAGCAUGCAUGCUCUCUUUGCAUGUGUCAUUGCUCUCUCAUUUGUUCUCUCUGAAAGGGGGAAAUGUUUCAAAGUCAUCUCUGCAUGGUGACCUUAUAAUGGAGGUUGUUGCCAAGCAAUUACACGGUUUGCCUUCUUUCUGCCUGAACAGAAAGAAACAUGUGUUCUGUUAAAAUGGACAAGCAGAGUGAAAAGGUACUUUGUUCUGGUUUACCCCCACCCAUCAGCAAAGCUGACUGGAGAUGUAUUUGUCACCCUUUCCCCGCAGAGUAUUUUGUGUUCACUCUACAAGCUCAUUUAUUUGCUUUUAAAAGAUUCCAUCUCACAGUAUGCUGUUUCUGGAUACUUACUGGCUAACAAAUAGGGCUCAUCAACUCGAGUGCAGACAUUACAGGGCUAUUUGGCCAUGUUGUUGUCGUAAAUUGACCAAAAACCUUUUUGCAACAUAAAAGGUUUGAGUGAGUGUCCUUAUGAGUCAAGGGCUUUGGCCGCGGUGUCUGUGGAUGAACAUCCUGUAUGUGGCUGAUGUUUUCUCUCUAAGAUAAAGAGGUAUAUUAUAGCACAUUUUUGAUAAGGUGAUAAUCAUAUGAUGUACAGUAUAUCGUUGUAGGGUGUAGUAGGUAAAGUUCAAUAAAACAUGCAGGCAGCUGACUACUUAGCUUUAUCAGUCUCAAAAUGAACACAAAACUGUAGUGAAGCAAAAGGAAGAUCAACACCCACACCCAAAAACUGGGCAGAGGACCAAAAAGUUGACUUAGGGCUGACUGUCAGCUGCCCCAAUACUGGGAAGACAGUCUAGACAAAUGACUUUAUAAUUUGCCCCCACAGGAAAUUCCAUUCAAGCAUUCGGUUAUGGAACAGACAGUCUCUUCCACAAAGCUGAGUCUGUCCCACCAACCCCUUCCAUGAAGCCUGGAUUACAGACCUCAGUCAGCACCUCAGAGCCAUACAACCCCAAUGACGUCCAGCCUGAGGAUGAGGCCCACGGGAAGGUAUGCAGGCAUAUCACCAGCUAGCACUGGGUUCCAAGUUCAAAUAACCAGGGUCGUGUUCAUUAGGGCACGCAACGGAAAACGUUUUAAAGCGUUUUGUAACUGAAAACAAAUUAAUGAUUUUUUAUUGGACAAGACCAGAAGGUCCAUCCCUGUUUCAGUCCAUUUGAGUCAUUUAGGUGCCAAAUGAACAUGACCCAUUAAUCACCAGUAGCUACAUUUAAUUAAAACUGGUUAACAGUUUUGAAACAUUUUGAAUGUUGCAGAUGAUGCAUAGCUGACAAGAAUAACUAUUCUACAUAAAACAGAAUCAUGUCAGUUCUACACCAUUUCUCUGUGAAUGUUCUGUAAUGCUAACAACCCCUGAUUUAUUUUCUGGGAUAGGUAGAAAAAAACUGUUGCUGUGCAGUGGGAAAACAUGUUUGCUUAUCUGUUUUGUUUUCACACUGUAAACAUAAUUUCUGUUGAGUAUAUAAAUCCAAAUGUGCGUCCUUUCAACACAAGAAGUAUGAAGAUGCUUUUGAACUAUCUCACAGACCCAGUUACUGUGUUUGACUGAAUAUUGAAUAGGGACCUUCGUAUGGCAUUAAAGGGGCAGUGCAGUCAAAAACAUGAUUUUCCAGAAGAAAAAUAAAGAAAGAUAUAUCCACACUAUGAGGUUUAAAUAACACUCUGAACAUGUGAAACUGAUUAUAAUGCCCUUUUAGUGUAAGAGCUUAAAAAAAUAUAUAUAUAUAUACAUUCUGGAAUUUCAGUCUGUUAAGCUGGGAUGGAGUUUUUGGCCCACUGCAUGACGCACAAUCUGAUUAUUCUGACCAAUGACCAGUCAUCUUUUCUUUGCAUAUGUAUCCUCCUACUUUGAAGGGGUAAGCGGAGUAGGCUCUAGAGUCUAGACGAUCCUAUUCACCAAUCAGGGCUAUGGUGGUCAAAGGUUUUGAGAAUGACACAAGUAUUGGUCUUCACAAAGUUCGCUGCUUCAGUGUUAUGAGAUAUUUUUGUCAGAUGUUACUAUGGUAUACCGAAGUAUAAUUACAAGCAUUCCAUAAGUGUCAAAGGCUUUUAUUGACAAUUACAUUAAGUUUAUGCAAAGAGUCAAUAUUUGCAGUGUUGACCCUUCUUCAAGACCUCUGCAAUCGCCCAUGGCAUGCUGUCAAUAGACUUUCGGCCAUCCUGCUGAUGGCAGCCAUCUUACUUGCAAAUCAAUGCUUGGAGUUUGUCAGAAUUGUGGGUUUUUGUGUCACCGCUCUUGAGGAUCGACCACAAGUUUUCAAUGGGAUUAAGUCUGGAUGUUCCUGCAUGGACCAAAUGUCUGUUUUGUCCCCGAGCAUAGUAUCCGUUGCCUAUGGAAGGUGCCCAUCAUGCUGGGAAGCAUGGUCAUCACCAAAUGUUUUGGAGGUGGAGAAGUGCCUCGGGGUGUGUGGACCAUCUUAUUCAUGGCUGUGUCUUGGCAAAUGGAGUGAGCACUCCCUUGGUGAGAAGCAACCCCACCAUUAAUGGUUCUCAGGAUGCUUUACUGUUGGCAUGACACAGGACUGAUGGUAGCGCUCACCUUGUCUUCUCCGGACAAGUUGUUUUCUGGGUGCCCCAAACAAUCGGAAAGGGGAUUCAUCAGAGAAAAUGACUUUACCUCAGUCCUCAGCAGUCCAAUCCCUGUACCUUUUGCAGAAUAUCAGUUUGUCCCUGAUGUUUUUCCUGGAGAGAAGUGGCUUCUUUGCUGCCCUUCUUGACACCAGGCCAUCCUCCAAAAGUCUUCACCUCACUGUUCGUGCAGAUGCACUCACACCUGCCUGCUGCCAUUCCUGAGCAAGCUCUGCACUGGUGGUGCCCCAAUCCCGCAGCUGAAUCAACUUUUGGAGACGGUCCUGGUGCUUGCUGGACUUUCUUGGCGGCUUAAAGGCUUAAAGGGUCCUAUGGACAGAUACUCCAAUCCCCGCUGUGGAGCUUUGCAGCUCCUUCAGGGUUAUCUUUGGUCUCUUUGUUGCCUCUCUGAUUAAUGCCCUCCUUGCCUGGUCCGUUAGUUUUGGUGGGUGGCCCUCUCUUGGCAGGUUUGUUGUGGUGCCAUAUUCUUUUCAUUUUUUAAUAAUGGAUUUAAUGGUGCUCCGUGGGAUGUUCAAAGUCUCUGAUAUUUUUUUAUAACCCAACCCUGAUCUGUACUUCUCCACAACUUUGUCCCUGACCUGUUUGGAGAGCUCCUUGGUCUUCAUGGUGCCGCUUGCUUGGUGGUGCCCCUUGCUUAAUGGUGUUGCAGACUCUGGGGCCUUUCAGAACAAGUGUAUAUAUACUGAGAUCAUGUGACAGAUCAUGUGACACUUAGAUUGCACACAGGUGGACUUUAUUUAACUAAAUAUGUGACUUCUGAAGGUAAUUGGUUGCACCAGAUCUUAUUUAGGGGCUUCAUAGCAAAGGGGGUGAACACAUAUGCACGCACCACUUUUCCGUUAUUAAUUUGUUCUAAUUUUUUUCAUUUCACUUCACCAAUUUUGACUAUUUUGUGUAUGUCGAUUACAUGAAAUACAAAUACAAAUCCAUUUAAAUUACAGGUUGUAAUGCAAAAAAAUAGGAAAAACGCCAAGGGGGAUGAAUACUUUUGCAAGGCACUGUAUGUAAAUAUAUGUACAUUUGUAUCAACACGCCCACGCUUUCAGACUUUUUUUAAUGGCAAAAGGAGGCGCAAGGAAAUAAAUGAUUGAAAACAUAUUUGAGUUAUUUUCAUGAAAUAAACACACACAGUUAUUUAUUUGACAUACAGUGAUGAUUAAAAAAUAUAUUAAAAAGACUGCAUGGGGUAUUUAAAGCCAGAAUCCUUAGUUGCUACAUACAUUUUUGGACUUAUAAAUGAGUGAUAUACAGUGCAUUCAGAAAGUAUUCAGACCCUUGACUUUUUCCACAUUUUGUUGCAUUACAGCCUUAUUCUAAAAUGUAUUAAAAUUGUUUAAAAAAAUAUAUAUAUAUAUUUUUUAAAACUGAAAUAUCAUUUUUCCGUAAGUAUUCAGACCAUUUACUCAUUACUUGGUUGAAGCACCUUUGGCAGCGAUUACAGCCUCGAGUCUUCUUGGGUAUGACACUACAAGCUUGGCACACCUGUAUUUGGGGAGUUUCUCCCAUUCUUCUCUGCAGAUCCUCUCAAGCUCUGUCAGGUUAGAUGGGGAGCAUGGCUGCACAGCUAUUUUCAGGUCUCUCCAGAGAUGUUCGAUCGGGUUCAAGUCAGGGCUCUGGCUGGGCCACUCAAGGACAUUCAGAGACUUGUCCCGGAGCUACUCCUGUGUUGUCUUGGCUGUGUGCUUAAGGGUCGUUGUCCUGUUGGAAGGUGAACCUUCGCCCCUAGUCUGAGGUCCUGAGCGCUCUGGAGCAGGUUUUCAUCAAUAAUCUCUCUGUAGUUUGCUCCGUUCAUCUUUCCCUCGAUCCUCACUAGUCUCCCAGUCCCUGCCACUGAAAAACAUCCCCACAGCAUGAUGCUGCCACCACCAUGCUUCACCGUAGGGAUGGUGCCAGGUUUCCUCCAGAUGUGACGCUUGGCAUUCAGGCCAAGGAGUUCAAUCUUGGUUUAAUCAGACCAGAUAAUCUUGUUUCUCAUGGUCUGAGAGUCCUUUAGGUGCCUUUUAACAAACUCCAAGCGGGCUGUCAGGUGCCUUUUACUGAGGAGUGGCUUCCGUCUGGCCACUAUACCAUAAAAGCCUAAUUGGUGGAGUGCUGCAGAGAUGGUUGGCCUUCUGGAAGGUUCUCCCAUCUCCACAGUCACUCUGGAGCUCUAUCAGAGUGACCAUCGGGUUCUUGUUCACCUUCCUUUCCCUGACCAAGGCCCUUCUCCCCCGAUUGCUCAGUUUAGGAAGAGGAAGAGUAUUGGUGGUUCCAUUUAAGAAUGAUGGAGACCACAUGCUGCAGAAAUUUGUUGGUACCUUUCCCCAGAUCUGUGCCUCGACACAAUCCUGUCUCGGAGCUCUACGGACAAUUCCUUCGACCUCAUGGCUUGGUUUUUGCUCUGACAUGCAGUGUCAACUGUGGGACCUUAUAUAGACAGGUGUGUGCCUUUCCAAAUCAUGUCCAAUCAAUUGAAUUUACCAUAGGUCGACUCCAAUCAAGUUGUAGUAACAUCUCAAGGAUGAUCAAUCGAAACAGGAUAAACCUGAGCUGAAUUUCGGGUCUCAUAACAAAGGGUCUGAAUACUUAUGUAAAUAAAGUAUUGAGGUAUUUUAUUUUUUAUAAAUUUGCAAAAAAUGUCUAAAAAACCUGUUUUAGAUUCGUCAUUAUGGGGAAUUGUGUGUAGAUUGAUGAGGAAAACAUUUUAUUUAAUCUAUUUUAGAAUAAGGCUGUAAAGUAACAACAUGUGGAAAAAGGGAAGGGGUCUGAAUACUUUCCAAAUGCACUGUACCCAUUCAUUCUUAAAGAAUAUAACUUCUAAAUGCCUUAGCUCAACUGUCGUAUACCCAUCAGAACCCAAAUACAAUCUUGUUUACACCAAUGUUAGUAAACAAAGUAAAUGUAAACAAACACUGUAUAGCCUCAAAUCAUGGUUAAAAAACACCAUUUCGAUAUCAUGGAUGGUCAGUCCUUGUAUCAAUAGCUCUGUCUAUGAAUUUGAGAGUGGUUACAUUUCUCUAGUCCCAUCCUUCAGCUUUUUACUAAAACAGAGGUCUUUGCGAACGCUAUGUUAUGUUAUGCUAUUGUUUCAAUUAAGGAUUCUAGCUUUAAACAAGAUAAGUCGUUGUUUGUAUUAUAUGAUUAUUAUAGGGAUAUUUAUAAUUCCAUGUUUCAUGCAUGGCUGAAAAACAAUACUGUUCUGGCAUCAUUAUUAUGUUUGAAAAUACUCCUAUAAUGAUGUUGAAUGCUGAGCAAUUUCAGGCUUUCACAUCCAUUAAAUGGUCAUCUCUCACACUGCUCCAAUAGUGUGCUGUACACAACCCUCAUUGUGAUAAAGACAGCAAAUGAAUACCUUAAAAAUGGUGUGAGGGUGAGAAUGAAUGAAUAAGCCACGCUGAUAACAAUAACAGUGGGAGGUAGAGGAGGGGAGCGGUUGAAUUGCUUUCUCUAAAGGUUCUGUGUGUAUGUCAGUAUUGAUGCACCGCUCUGUGCCUCUCUCGCUGCAGUGCAAUGCUUAAUUUAUAGUAAAAAUGGUAAUUAGGAAACAAUAAGACAUGUGAUUACUCAAGCAGGAAGUUUAUAAUUAGAGAGGGAGCCGGUGGGGACUUUUUGGGCGGCCCCUCAUUCUGCAGCAUAUAUGCUUGGCAAUUAAAAUGUGUCAAACUUACAUCGUAGAUUAAUUGGUAGAAUGCUGAUAUGACUCCUCUUGGCAAAAGACAGGCUGUCUAGCCUCUUAAAUCUCAUGACUGCUCAGGACCACACGCAUGCUGUUGUCCAGUUAGUGGAAAUGUUAUGCUAAAUGAAGUGGCGUAGUCUGCUGUGUGUUUGAUGGCUGGACAGGCUCCCCCUGACACUCGAUAAGUAAUCUGAAGUGUUGUUUGAUAAAUGAGCCCUGUGGAGCAUUAGGCCAGGAUUGGCUGUGCUGCUCAAACUUAAUUCCCUCUCAAGUCAAAACCCUGGUGUAGAGAAUCAUUGUACCGUCUAAAAUUGUAUUUUCAGCUGUUUGAAGCUGGUGUACAAAACCGAAAGUAAAAUUCACUUUGUCUUAUCACUGUUUGCAACUUCUGUAUUUUCAACCCUCUGGAAAGUUUCAGGAAGUGAAACUGUGGAGGACUGUUGAAUGGAUAAGGAUAUGAAUAAUGUGUAUAAGAUGUCAUUUUCCUUACCAAUCAGGAUUUCAAUUAAUUCAGUGGACAGGCUUUCAGAAUGCUGCUAACAUUUAAUAAUGGAGAGCUUUCGUAUUUCGUAUUGUACAUGUUAUUAUAUUAAUUGUUAUAUUAUAUUAUUAUAUUGAUUCUACUAAUGUUAGGCCUAUCUACUUCUCUAUUUUUGCCACCUCAGUUUCGUGUUUUGGUGCGUUCAGAUCCACAUAAGAAUAUAUUGUGCCACAACCAUUGGGCCAAAUGUGUGGUGCAAUGCUUGUAGAAGUUACGUUGGCGCAGCCUUUGCAUAGAUACAGUAUGUGCAAGUACUUUAACCAGUGGUUGCUGGUGGGAAGAGCUAUAGGAGGAUGGGCUCAUUGUAAUGGCUGGAAUGGAAUUAAUGGAACGGAGUCAAACAUGUGGUUUCCAUAUGUUUGAUGUGUUUGAUACCGUUCCAUUUAUUCCAUUCCAGCCAUUACAAUGAGCCCAUCCUGCUAUAGCUCCUCCCACCAGCCUCCACUGACUUUAACGUGACCCCAAAAUACCAACUCUGUCAUUGCCCUAGUCAUUGCUCACUGCCUGGCUGUUUUGUGUAUGUAGAACAGAGCUCCUAAUUUUACUGCCAUUUCAGCUGUUUGGAAAUGGAGAUCAAAAAGUGUUUUAUCGUUUUUUUCAAUCACUUCGGCACAUUUUUUAUAUGUAUGUGGUGUAUUUUCAAAACUCUAGGUACAAAACUCUAAACUGAUAAAACUUGUAAUGCCCCUUAUCUUAUGUUCAGAACCUUUGAUUGUGCAUUUCUGUGAAAUAGCAUGAAAACAUUUUGUUUAGUCACCAAUACAUCAGAUAAUGAUAGGCUUGCCAUUUAGUCAUUUUAACUAAGAUUUAAUCCAAUAGCAAAAAAUAUAAGAUACACAUUUCAAAAUUGUUAUUUUUGAAGUGCUGGUUAGAAAGAAUAGUACCUGGUAAAUAUAUUUGUCCAUGCAGUAUUUGACUAAAACUUGACAUUCCAUUUAAAAAAAAAUAAGUUGUAUACAAUGGCAGGUUGUGAGUAUGUUGAGAGAUAUGUAAUUCUUACAGUUUUAUUAUCCUUAUACAGUACAUACGUAGGACAAAUCAUCAGAAAUAAAUAAGUUCUUGUAAAGCAGUUGGCUACUGUAAAAACGUAGCACGGUGUUGUAUUCCAUUUCUGCCCCAUGCAACAUUACAUUUCAGUCAUUUAGUAGACACUCUUAUCCAGAGCGACUUACAGUUAGUAAGUGCAUACAUUUUUCAUACUGGCACCCCGUGGGAAUCGAACCCACAACCCUGGCGUUGCAAGCGUCAUGCUCUACCAACUGAGCUACAAGAGGCCUACAUUGCACAAUAUCACCUUUUCUAUGAGACUUGUCAACUGAAACAGUAUUGUUCUCUGCUAAACAAAAAGUGCCCUUUGAAUGUAGUAUGCUACCGUACUGUAAAUUACAGUACAUUACACUGUUUUCACAUUAGACAAUACACUUGUCAGAGGAAGGCCCUCAAAAUUGUCAAAGACUCCAGCCACCCUAGUCAUAGACUGUUCUCUCUGCUUCCGCACGGCAAGCGCCAAGUCUAGGUCCAAAAGGCUUCUCAACAGCUUCUACCCCCAAGCCAUAAGACUCCUGAACAGCUAAUCAUUGCCACCCAGACUAUUUGCACUGCCACUCCCCCCCCCCCCCCCCCCAACCCCACCCCCACCCCCACCCCCCUCUUUUAAGCUGCUGCUACUCUGUCUAUUAUUUAUGCAUAGUCACUUUAACUCUACCCACAUGUACAUAUUACCUCAAUUACCUCGACUAGCCGGUGCCCCCGCACAUUGACUCUGCACCGGUAACCCCUUGUAUAUAGCCUCCCUACUGUUAUUUUAUUUUACUGCUGCUCUUUAGUUAUUUUUUUUUCCAUUUUUUUUUACUUAACACUUUAAAAAAAUAUACAAAAUAAUGCUUUGUUGGUUAAGGGCUUGUAAGUAAGCAUUUCACUGUAAUGUCUACACCUGUUGUAUUUGACGCAUGUGGCAAAUACAAUUUGAUUUGAUUUGAUUUGCACUACUCAUUAAAAUUGAGUGAACAUCACAUUUCCAUCAUUUCUAUCCCAUGUGUGAUCAAAGGUGUGAUCAUUGAAGAAAUCUUUCACAUUGUAAUCAAAUGAAAGAAAUGAAAGAAACAUAAUGUUUAGCAGCACUAGUUUGCAUCAAGCCUGUCUUGAGCAUUUGGCCAUAGGUUCUCAUCAAAAUCGCGGUAAAUAUCCCCAUUGUUCAAGCAUCUGGCUAAAAACCUUUUUGCAUGGCGAAUCCAAGUGGCCAGUGAUUCCAUGUCUAUGUAUAUAGGGCAGCAGCCUCUAAGGUGCAGGGUUGAGUAACUGGGUGGUAGCCGGCUAGUUAUAGCUAUUUAACAGUCUGAUAGCCUUGAGAUAGAAGCUGUUUUUCAGUCUCUUUGUCCCAGCUCUGAUGCACCUGUACUGACCUCGCCUUCUGGAUGAUAGCGCGGUGAACAGGCGGUGGCUUGGCUGGUUGAUGUCCUUGAUGAUAUUUUUAGCCUUCCUGUGACAUUGGGUGCUGUAGGUGCCCCCGGUGAUGCGUUGGGCAUACCGCACCACCCUCUGGAGAGCCGGUGCAGUUGCCAUACCAGGCAGUGAUACGGCCCGACAGGAUGCUCGCAAAUGUGCAUCUGUAAAGGUUUGUGAGGGUCUUAGGGGCCAAGCCAAAUUUCUUCAGCCUCCUGAGGUUGAAGAGGCGCUGUUGCGACUUCUUCACCACACUGUCUGUGUGGGUGGAACAUUUCAGAUUGUCAGUGAUAUGUACGCUGAGGAACUUGAAUCUUUCCACCUUCUCCACUGCGGUCCCGUCAAUGUGGAUAGGGGGGUGCUCCCUCUGCUGUUUCCUGAAGUCCACGAUCAGCUCCUUCAUUUUGUUGACGUUGAGGGAGAGGUUAUUUUCCUGGCACCACUCUGCCAGGGCCCUCACCUUCUCCCUGUAGGCUGUCUCGUCAUUGUUAAUAAUCAGGCCUACUACUGUUGUGUCAUCUGCUAACUUGAUUGAGUUGGAGGCGUGCAUGGCCAUGCAGUCAUGGGUGAACAGAGAGUACAGGAGGGGGCUGAGCACGCACACUUGUGUGGCCCCUGUGUUGAGGAUCAGCGAAGUGUAGGGGUUGUUUCCUACCUUCACCACAUGGGGGCGGCCCGUCAUGAAGUCCAGGACCCAGUUGCACAGGGCGGGGUUCAGACCCAGGGCCCCGAGCUUAAUGAUGAGCUUGGAGGGUAAUAUGGUGUUGAAGGCUGAGCUAUAGUCAAUGAACAGCAUUCUGACGUAGGUAUUCCUCAUGUCCAGAUGGGAUAGGGCAGUUUGCAGUGCGAUGGCGAUUGCAUCGUCUGUGGAUCUAUUGGGGCGGUAAGAAAAUUGAAGUUGGUCUAGGGUGUCAGGUAAGGUAGAGGUGAUAUGAUCCUUAACUAGCCUCUCAAAGCACUUCAUGAUGACAGAAGUGUGUGCUACGGGGCGAUAGUCAUUCAGUUACCUUAGUUUUCUUGGGUACAGGAACAAUGGUGGACAUCUUAAAGCAAGUGGGGACAGCAGAUUGGGAUAGGGAGAGAUUGAAUAUGUCCGUAAACACUCCAGCCAUCUGGUCUGCGAAUGCUCUGAGGACACGGCUAGGGAUGCCAUCUGGGCCGGCAGCCUUGCGAGGGUUAACACGCUUAAAUGUCUUACUCAUGUCGGCCAUGGAGAACGAGAGCCCACAGUCCUUUGGAGCAUGCCAUGUCGGUGGCACUGUGUUAUCCUCAAAGCGGGCCAAGAAGGUGUUUAGCUUGUCCGGGAGCAAGACGUCGGUGUCCGUGACGUGGCUGGUUUUCCCAUUGUAAUCCGUGAUUGUCUGUAGACCCUGCCACAUACGUCUCGUGUCUGAGCCGUUGAAUUGCGACUCCACUUUGUCUCGAUACUGACGUUUUGCCUGUUUGAUUGUCUCACGGAGGGAAUAACUACACUGUUUGUAUUUGACCAUAUUCCCAGUCACCUCGCCAUGGUUAAAUGCGGUUGUUUGUGCUUUCAGUUUUGCACGAAUGCUGCCAUCUAUCCACGGUUUCUGGUUUGGGUAGGUUUUAAUUGUCACCGUGGGAACAACAUCACCUAUACACUUCCUGAUUAACUCAGUCACCGUGUCCGUGUAUACGUCAAUGAUAUUCUCAGAGGCUCCCCGGAACAUAUCCCAGAUCAAAAUGAUCUUGAAGCAUAGAUUCCAAUUGGUCAGACCAGCAUUGAAUAGACCUGAGCACGGGUACUUCCUGUUUGAGUUUCUGCCUAUAGGAAUGGAGGAGCAAAAUUGAGUGGUGAUCUGAUUUGCCGAAGGGAGGGCUGGGGAGGGCCUUGUAGGCAUCUCGAAAAGGCGAGUAGCAGUGGUCUAGUGUUUUUCCUAAGCGAGUACUACAGUCAAUGUGUUGAUAGAACUUCGGUAGCGUUUUCCUCAAAUUUGCUUUGUUAAAGUCCCCAAAUACAAUAAAUGCGGCCUCAGGAUAUGUGGUUUCCAAUAUUCUAGGUCGGGUGAACAAAAGGACUUGAGAUUCUGUAUGUUAUCACAAUCACACCAUAAGAAUACAUUUGAAAAUAAAUUGGAUGACCUAAGAUUACGGUUAUCCUACCAACGGGACAUUAAAAACUGUAAUAUCUUAUGUUUCACCGAGUCGUGGCUGAACGACGACAUGGAUAACAUACAGCUAGCGGGCUAUACGCUACAUCGGCAGGAUAGAACGGCUGACUCCGGUAAGACAAGGGGUGGCGGUCUGUGUAUAUUUGUAAACAACAGCUGGCGCACAAAAUCAAAUACUAAGGAAGUCUCGAGGUUUUGCUCGCCUGAGGUAGAGUAUCUUAUGAUAAGCUGUAGACCACACUAUUUACCAAGAGAGUUUUCAUCUAUAUUUUUCAUAGCUGUCUAUUUACCACCACAAACCAAUGCUGGCAUUAAGAUUGCACUGAAUGAGUUGUACAAGGCCAUAAAUCAACAGGAAAACGCUCAUCCAGAUGCAGCGCUCCUAGUGGCCGGGGACUUUAAUGCAGGGAAACUUAAAUCCGUUCUACCUAAUUUCUACCAGCAUGUUAAAUGUGCAACCAGAGGAAAAAAAACUCUAGACCACCUUUACUCCACACACAGAGACGCAUACAAAGCUCUCCCUCGCCCUCCAUUUGGCAAAUCUGACCAUAACUCUAUCCUCCUGAUUCCUGCUUAUAAGCAAAAACUAAAGCAGGAAGCACCAGUGACUCGGUUAAUAAAAAAGUGGUCAGAUGACGCAGAUGCUAAGCUACAGGACUGUUUUGCUAGCACAGACUGGAACAUGUUCCAGGAUUCUUCAGACAGCAUUGAGGAGUACACCACAUCAGUCACUGGCUUCAUCAAUAAGUGCAUCGAUGAUGUCGUCCCCACAGUGACCGUACGUACAUACCCCAACCAGAAGCCAUGGAUUACAGGAAACAUCCGCACUGAGCUAAAGGGUAGAGCUGCCGCUUUCAAGGAACGGGACUCUAACCCGGACGCUUAUAAGAAAUCCCGCUAUGCCCUCCGACGAACCAUCAAACAGGCAAAGAGUCAAUACAAGACUAAGAUUGAAUCGUACUACACUGGCUCUGACGCUCGUCGGAUGUGGCAGGGCUUGAAAACUAUCACAGACUACAAAGGGAAGCACAGCCGCGAGCUGCCCAGUGACACAAGCCUACCAGACGAGCUAAACCACUUCUAUGCUCGCUUCGAGGCAAGCAAGACUGAAGCAUGCAUGAGAGCACCAGCUGUUCCGGAUGACUAUGUGAUCACGCUCUCCGUAGCCGAUGUGAGUAAGACUUUUAAGCAGGUCAACAUUCACAAGGCCGCAGGGCCAGACGGAUUACCAGGACGUGUACUCCGAGCAUGUGCUGACCAACUGGCAAGUGUCUUCACUGACAUUUUCAACAUGUCCCUGACUGAGUCUGUAAUACCAACAUGUUUCAAGCAGACCACCAUAGUCCCCGUGCCCAAGGACUCUAAGAUAACCUGCCUAAAUGACUACCGACCCGUAGCACUGACAUCUGUAGCCAUGAAGUGCUUUGAAAGGCUGGUCAUGGCUCACAUCAACAGCAUUAUCCCAGAAACCCUGGACCCACUCCAAUUUGCAUACCGCCCCAACAGAUCCACAGAUGAUGCAAUAUCUAUUGCACUCCACACUGCCCUUUCCCACCUGGACAAGAGGAACACCUACGUGAGAAUGCUAUUCAUUGACUACAGCUCAGCAUUCAACACCAUAGUGCCCUCUAAGCUCAUCACUAAGCUAAGGAUCCUGGGACUAAACACCUCCCUCUGCAACUGGAUCCUGGACUUCCUGACGGGCCGCCCCCAGGUGUUAGGGUAGGUAACAACACAUCUGCCACACUGAUCCUCAACACGGGGGCCCCUCAGGGGUGCGUGCUCAGUCCCCUCCUGUACUCUCUGUUCACCCAUGACUGCAUGGCCAGGCACGACUCCAACACCAUCAUUAAGUUUGCCGACGACACAACAGUGGUAGGCCUGAUCACCGACAACGAUGAGACAGCCUAUAGGGAGGAGGUCAGAGACCUGGCCGUGUGGUGCCAGGACAACAACCUCUCCCUCAACGUGACCAAGACAAAGGAGAUGAUUGUGGACUACAGGAAAAAAAAGAGGACUGAGCACGCCCCCAUUCUCAUCGACGGGGCUGUAGUGGAACAGGUUGAGAGCUUCAAGUUCCUUGGUGUCCACAUCACCAACGAACUAUCAUGGUCCAAACACACCAAGACAGUCGUGAAGAGGGCACGACAAAGCCUAUUCCCCCUCAGGAGACUGAAAAGAUUUGGCAUGGGUCCUCAGAUCCUCAAAAAAUUCUACAGCUGCACCAUCGAGAGCAUCCUGACUGGUUGCAUCACCGCCUGGUAUGGCAACUGCUUGGCCUCCGACCGCAAGGCACUACAGAGGGUAGUGAGUACGGCCCAGUACAUCACUGGGGCCAAGCUUCCUGCCAUCCAGGACCUCUAUACCAGGCGGUGUCAGAGGAAGGCCCUCAAAAUUGUCAAAGACUCCAGCCACCCUAGUCAUAGACUGUUCUCUCUGCUACCGCACGGCAAGCGGUAUCGGAGUGCCAAGUCUAGGUCCAAAAGACUUCUCAACAGCUUCUACCCCCAAGCCAUAAGACUCCUGAACAGCUAAUCAUGGCUACCCGGACUAUUUGCACUGCCCCCCCACCCCAUCCUUUUUACGCUGCUGCUACUCUGUUAAUUAUUUAUGCAUAGUCACUUUAACUCUACCCACAUGUACAUAUUACCUCAACUACCUCAACUAGCCGGUGCCCCCGCACAUUGACUCUGCAACGGUACCCCCCUGUAUAUAUAGCCUCCCUACUGUUAUUUUAUUUUACUUCUGCUCUUUUUUUUCUCAACACUUUUUUUGUUGUUGUUUAAAAAAAAAAAAAUGUUAAAAAUAAAUGCACUGUUGGUUAAGGGCUGUAAGUAAGCAUUUCACUGUAAUGUCUGCACCUGUUGUAUUCGGCGCAUGUGACCAAUACAAUUUGAUUUGAUUUGAUUUGAUUUGAGUAGUUAAUCAUGAAACAUACACCACCGCCUUUCUUCUUCCCGGAGAGUUGUUUUUUUCUGUCUGCGCGAUGAACUGAGAACCCAGCUGGCUGCAUGGAUGGGGACAGUAUAUCCCGAGAGAGCCAUGAUUCUGUGAAACAGAGUAUGUUACAGUGCCUGAUGUCUCUCUGGGAGGAGAUCCUCGCCCUGAGCUCGUCCACUUUAUUGUCCAGAAACAUUAGCGAGUAAUAUACUCUGAAGCGGUGGAUGGUGUGCACGCCUCCUGAGUCGGACUAGAAGUCCACUCCGAAUACCUCUUCUACGCCGGCGGUGUCUUGGAGUAGCCUCUGGGAUAAGUUCAAUUGCAGUGGGGGUGCGAACAAAGGAUCCAAUUCGGGAAAGUCAUAUUCCUGGUCAUAAUACUGGUGAGUUACCAUUUACAUUUACAUCAUUUAGCAGACGCUCUUAUCCAGAGCAACUUACAAAUUGGUGCAUUCAACUUAUGAUAGCCAGUGGGACAACCACCUUUUUUUGUAUUUAGUUUUUUAUAGGGGGAGGGGGAAGAAAGAUUACUUUAAACUAUUCCAGGUAUUCCUUAAAGAGGUAGGGUUUCAAGUGUCUCCGGAAGGUGGUCAGUGACUCCGCUGUCCUGGCGUCGUGGGGGAGCUUGUUCCACCAUUGGGGUGCCAGAGCAGCGAAUAACUUUGACUGGGCUGAGCGGGAACUGUGCUUCCGUAGAGGUAGGGGAGCUAGCAGGCCAGAGGUGGAUGAACGUAGUGCCACUGCUCUGAUAUCCAAAAGUUAAUUUCCGUCUGUAUGUAAUAACACAAAAAACGUUCUAGGCUAAUAAUGUAAGAAAUAACACACAACAAAAACGAAAUACUGCAAAGGGUCACAUACCAAAAUGUGUGGACUGUUGCCACUUUGGAUAAAAGUGUCUGCUACAUAAAUGGCAUAUAUUAUGGUAUUACAGUAGUGUAUUGGCCAAUGUAGUUUUAGUAAAGCAGUGUGAUUUUUUACAUCCAGUACAUCUCUGAUCUUGUCAAUAUCAGAUUAAAAAAAAAAAUAAUUCACAAUACAAAAAAAAAAAAUUGUUAUCAUCAUAGCAGUACAUUCAAGUAUAUAUCAUACUUUUUAUUUUUCUGCUUUACAGAUGUACAUUUUCAUUAUGUAGUUUUUGAUGAUUUGUUUUGAGUUUUGUACUAAGAGUUGUGGGAAUGUACCACAUACAUAUGAAAAUUGCACCAAAGCGAUUGAAAAAAAAAACUGCCUGCCGGUAUCUACAAGUGCCUAAGAAAACUAUAAACUCACUAUGAUGUCUUUGUAGCAGUCCCAGUAUGGGAGUUCAACAUGUUGUUUUUCUGUAUUUAUGUUCCUGCAGGAACCUGAUUGAAAAUAUUGUUUGGGAUAAGAGGAUAUUAUUAAUUUAGUUUUGUGAAGGUAGCUUGACGUAAAUAGAUGGUGAGCACUUUUUAGAAUUGAUCAGAGCUUCGUCGAACAGUAAUGUUCGACUGCUUACCAUUUGUAUGUCUCUGUGUGCAGUUUGAAGGAAGUUGCUAACUAACGCUAGUUAGCAUUGGCUCGCGAAACUACCUGUAACUUCCUUCGUGCUGAAUACAGAGAAAUAUAAAUGGUAUCCAUGAGUUCAUCUGACUCUGGGGAAGUUGCCAAAAUCCCGAAAUGGCCGUCUUAACAAGCUUUUAAUCAGGGAAAUAAUUCAUACAUUUUUUCUCAUCUUUUUGAGAGUCAUGCAUUAUUUAAUGGAACCAUUGUAUAAGAGAGAAUUAGCCACCUCUUCAGAAGUCAAUGUUUGCUUGAGGGCCCCUGACUUUACAGUACACUGUGUUGAUUCUCAGCUCAAUUGAAUGUAAUUGAUUGCGGACCAACCCUGGGUUACUCAAUAACCAGCCCUGGGAAAGCAGCUGAACAUUGCUGUUCGACAAAGCUCUGAUCAAUUAAAAAAAGUACUCACCAUCCAUCUACUGUACAUGUUAAGCUACCUUCACAAAACUAAAUUAAUUAUAUCCUGUUAUCCCAAACAAUAUUUUGUGUGUGGGUACGUUUCUGAAUGUGUGCGUGCAUGUCUCUCUGUGUUUUUUUGUUGUUGUUGUCAUUUAGCAGACGCUCUUAUCCAGAGCGACUUACAUUAGUAAUUAGGGUUAAGUGCCUUGCUCAAGGGCACAUCGACAGUUUUGUCACCUAGUCAGCUCAGGGAUUCAAACCAGUGACCUUUCUGUUACUGGCCCAACACUCUUAACCGCUAGGCUACCUGUUCAUAUGUGCGUGCGUUCGUGUGUGUGUACUGAUAUACAUAUUGGCUGCAGACAGAGAUCUGGACCAAUGUCAACAGGCUGCUGCCACACAUCACUGCACCUGCUAAUUAAUUGGCUUUUAGUUGCGGAUGUGUUUGCUGCUUUGUCAAGCAACCGAUUGCUUUUUUUUGGCAACUGUCAUUUAACCAUUUCUCUGUACAAUCACACAUUUGAAACCAAGCUCUUCCAUAAUCAAUACAGCCUUUCCUUUCGCCUAAAACCCAUACAAAAACAUCUCCCAGUGCUUAUAUAACUACCAUUGACUAUUUUUUUCAUUAUGUAUUUUUCAACAACAAAAAAAUGCCCAUGUGUUGUGUUGGAGACAUUGCUAUUAGAAGAUUCUAUCUGACUCUAUGUUUUCUCUCUGUACAGGGAAAUGGACCAAAGUGCAAUCUCUCAAAAGGCUACAUUUAUGGAGAUGAGGAAAGGAGUGGAGGAGGGAAUGCUUCAUGUUUCUGUUGAUAUGCUAUAUUGCUUUGCUGGGGAAAUGGUGCCUCCACAAAUUGAGAAAGCUGCAGUUACUUGGAGGCAAAUUGUUUGCUAGGUGUUACAGGAAUCAGAGCAAAUUGAAAAUGUUCAAAAUGCUUACAAUGUUAUGGAAAAGCACAUAAUAAGGCCAUGCUAGAGUGGGCAUAACUGAGCAACUCUGGGGUGUACAAUAUCUAGAACAAUACAGAUGUAGUAUCUUAAUUUGAUCACCCUGUUGUUGCAGGAAAUUUUAACUUGUAGCAUAUUCUAGGUUUAAAAAGGCUUCUAAAGUUUGUAAUUUCCAUUUUAAAAUUUCGGAUAUGAUUUGCGCUAACAAAAAAUGUAUCAACCGCUACAAAAAUGAAUUGUAAUCCACACAAUAAUUCACAUUUCCUGAUGCUGCAGGAUUAUUUUCCUGCUGUGGGAUCCUUCAUCUGUAUGUCCCUUCUACCCUUUCUCCUAAUGUACUGUACAACAUAGUUGCCUUUCACAUUGACUGCUGUUGUCCAUGGUAAAAUGUUCUAUAUGUUCUAUAUCUAUAUGUGUAGAAGUACAAUGUUUUGACUGAUAUUGUACAGAAAUAAAACUUAUCCAAAUGUCUAGGAAGCAGAUUAGUACUGUAAAACUUCAGUUAAUAGCCCGGGUGUUUAUUUGCUUAAAUCACUAAACACAACAGACACUUUUUAAAGACAGGAUUCUAUUUGAGCCAGGCAUCUAUUUACUUAAUGCACACAGCUUUUGCUCAUUAGCAUAGUAAAACAAUUUCCCCCAGCAUUUUAAACAAUUACUUCAUUUCCUGCACUAAUGUGUUAUCAUUUACACACUGUCAUGUUUCUUUUGUCUUAGUAUGCCUCUAAAAAAAUAAAAUAAAAUAUUAUCUUCUUAGACUGUGCAAUUUUGGCAGUUCUUACUUUCACAAUUAGAGGGUGAUAGGCCUAUUUCUAGGGUUCUGUACUCCCGAAGUUGUUGACUGUUUUUCUGCUGUUAGCAGCAAAUUGCUAGCAGUUUCUUACUAGAAGAAAAACAGAUGAUUGCCAUAAUUUCUUCGAGUCAUUACUUAAUUAUUUAAUGUAACAAAUCAAACAUUAAACCUAGUAAACAAUUAAUGAUAAUUCAUGGUAACCUCGUAAGCAAUGCCGAGCUACAGCGGUGUUUGUCAGACCAUGAGACAUCCCAAAAAUAUGUAUUCUCACAAAAACGUCUGUAGCGUCUAUGGGAAGGGGAGACUCUCACGAACAUGAUGGUGUUCUCCGUUCUGCUCUAUGAACUCCCACAAGUGUCACGGGACUCGUCUGAAAGUAACCCAUACAAACGAAUGGAAGUAUGGAGGUAGUUUUGUGCCAACAAAAAUAAGGGGUUAAAUAUUUGUCCCAAAAAACGACAAUAUUUCCUGCGCUUUUUCUUAUAUCUCCUUAUAGGACAGACACUUCAAAACCUUAUUCCUUAUUAUUUAUUUUUUGACUGUCUUUUUCAUUUUUCAAAUGUAUUCAUGUUUUUACUCCAGUGGAGUGGCUGUGGAUCAGUGUUUUACCAUUUCUCUGUAAAACGCAACACUCAGACUCACUGAGUCAUUCCUAACCUUUUCCCAUGUUGUCUUCCACUCAGACUCACUGAGUCAUUCCUAACCUUUUCCCAUGUUGUUCUCCACCUAGCCUCUACUGGAGCCCAGCAGUGGUUACGAUGGCCUGACUAGACACAAGGACCCUCCUGAUGACGGGUCACCCUGUGUCUGUGCCAGUGUCUGGGUGCUGCUGCUCAGCCUGACCUCCGCCGUGGCCAACCAUGCCCUA